AUGAAGUUUGCCGAACAUCUGCGCGAGUCGGCCGUCCCAGAAUGGAUUGAUAAGUACAUUGACUACAAAACUGGUAAGAAGAAAUUGAAGGCUUGCAGAAAGACAAUUGCCGCAAGUAAAAUUCUCGUCAACAAUGUUCCUGCAAUAAAUACACCACGCUCCCCGCCUUCCAAUGAGGAUGCGCGGUACUGUAAACACAACGAUUAUACCGACGCCCAAAAAUACUUUGUUAAAGAGUUCGUUGAGAAGUGGGUUAUUGAUCAAGAGUUAGAAAAGUGUAAUGAUUUCUAUCUCUGGGAGACUAAUCAAUGUGGGAAACGGUUCGAUACUCUUCAGGACCAAAUAUCCAGGUACAAGGUUCAUAAGGAGCAGCUUGAAAACAUAGAUAGGGGUCAAAAACAAGUGACUCUGAAUUCUUAUGGAGCACUGGAAGAUGCAAACUCACGUCCUAUGUUCCAAUUCAACAAUUCGUGGUCAUCCCACUUGUCUCGAACUUUGCAAGAUCUCGAACUCAUGCCGUCGCUACCGAGUUUUGCACCUUUUAAAAGGUUAUUUGGUCAGUUGGAUCGUAAGUCUGAGCCCGUAGUAGGAAAAGGGGAGACAUUUACGCCAGCGAAAUUGAGCAACAACCAAAUUACACAGCGUCUCUCGGAUGCGUUAAUUGAAGAAUAUCUUUUAAUUCAACUGAUCAAAAACUAUCGGGAGGUGAAUGUGACCGGAUUUCGCAAAAUAGUGAAGAAAUUUGACAAAACAUGUUCGACAGCAGAACUGCCGCAUUUCAUGGAAUAUGCGAAAGCAACUUUCCCUCUUUUCCAUGAUGCAGAUGCCAGUGCCAAUGCUAUGGCUCAAAAUUUGCGAGAUACCGUAAUGAUCCGCCCACCCGCCAAUCUAGACUCUCACCUUCGGGCCACUGAUCCGUUGAUAAUGUGGGAACAGCACAUAACAACUUGGUAUACUGAUAUUCUAGCUACUUCAUCCAAAGACCGCAAACGAAAAUCAGCCAGGCUGAAAAACCUUUCCCUUGAGUAUUCUCUAAGUGAGCGGAAAAUUCAUCGUUUCAAUAGGGCCAUACUUCAAAUGUUCGCAGGAGGCUUGUUCACAGGUGCUUCCUUGAUUUUAGUGGCUUAUACAUUGUUUGUGGGUUUUACAGCAUCGCCAAUAUCUAACUUACACCGAUUGCAUAUUCCCCUAUGGGGUGGUUGGUACAUGGUGUUUUUGAUGAUAUUUUUGUACCUUGUUGAUUGUUACGUGUGGCACAAAAAUAACAUCAACUACAGGUUUAUCAUGUUCGGGGAAAUGCACUCACGACACGGAGCUGUACUUUUCAACAAUGACUUCUCAACCACAAAAAUCCCCCUCCUUUAUUACUUUGCAAGCGUUCUCUCUUUCCCGCUGACAGUAUUGAGUGUAUUAAGUUUCCACGCUGGCAAAUUAAGUCCCUAUUCAAUUAUAUGGAUCGUAAUGAUAGUCUGCCUCUUUUUUCUGCCCAUGUUCCAUCGUUAUAAGUUUGGGAGCAUUCCCUACUGGGACAAACUGUCAACUUCUGUCAAAUGGUUAACAGUUACAUUUAUUAGAUUGAUAUUUUCGGGAUGCUUCCCUGUUCAGUUUGGGGACUUCUUUAUGGGCGACAUUUUUGCGUCACUGACAUAUUCCAUGGCAGACGUCGCACUGUUCUUUUGCAUUUACUCAAAUACGCCUGAUGGACUGUGUGGCUCCUCUCAUUCAAAAUCCAUGGGGGCUCUGAGCUGCUUACCGAAUUUCUGGAGAUUCUUGCAGUGCUUGCGGAGAUUUGCUGAUUCCGGUGAUUGGUUCCCACACUUGUUAAACGGUUUUAAAUAUGCCAUGGGCAUCUGCUAUAAUGCUUCUUUAUGCGCAUAUCGCCUUUCCUUUACGUCAAACAGAAGGGGUAUAUUCAUAACGUUCGGAACCGUAUAUGCCAUAAUCGCAUCAUUAUGGGAUGUAGUCAUGGAUUGGUCGCUACUUCAAAGAAAUUCCCGAAACUGGCUUCUACGAGAUGACUUAUAUUUGGCUGGCAGAAAGAACUGGAAGACGGGCGCCUAUUCCAGGUCCAGAAAAAUGGUUUAUUAUGCUGCAAUGAUUGCAAAUGUGAUCAUCAGAUUUGAAUGGAUUGUUUAUGCUGUGGCACCUAAAACUAUUCAGCAAAGCGCAAUUACAUCAUUUAUUUUGGCGGCAUUGGAGGUGUGUCGAAGAUUUGUUUGGGUGAUAUUUCGUGUCGAGAACGAACACGUUGCUAACGUACAUUUAUUCAAAGUUUCUGGUGAAAUUUCACUUCCAUUCCCGAGCACAUUGAGCUCUGGCUCAGAGGCUGAUGUUGCUUCGAUAGCUAGUGGCCGAUAUUCGAUGUCAGAACUCAGUUAUCCAGAGUUGCCUCACGCGGCCUAUCGCAGAAGUGCAACCUUGCGUGAAUCGCAUUCAAGCGAAAUAUUCAAGACCUUCAGCAAAUCCAUUCCUUGGGCCCACGCGAAGGACUUUCAAAGGCCGCAAGGCCGUCCGGACCAGGAGGAUAAAGGAGAGGAAAGUGACGCUAGUGAGAGUGAAGUGGACAGUACUGUCUAA